AGGUUACACUGGGUGGGGACGUUUAUAGUUAAACUGAGAGACACAACAGGGGAGCAAACAAGUCGGCUUUAUCCUCCGAGCAGUUCGCACUCGCCGCUUUCAGACAUGUUUCGUUGUGGCAUCGCGUAUCCCCGGUGCAGGUGGAUUCUGCCUCUCCUGCUGUUGUUCGCCAUUAUUUUUGAUAUAAUCGCCAUCGCGGCUCAGUCCGGAUGGGUGGAGGACGAAAACGCCAAGUCGCACUAUGCGAGUAUGUGGGAGCAAUGCCAAGGCCGCAACAACAACUGGAGGUGCAAAUCUCUCAUGGAGUUCCCAUGGGCUCAGGCUGUCGCUGCGCUGAUGAUCAUUGGCCUCAUCAUCCUCAUCAUAGCCUUCAUCAUCUCCUGUGCUGCACUCUGCUGUUCUCUUAAUAUUCCGAUCUUGCCAGCCAUUGGAGGUAUCCUAUUUGUUGCUGCGGUAAUCCACAUCAUCGCUCUGAUCAUUUACCCAGUAAAAUUCAACGAACUAAUAUUCGAAGGUAACUACGACUACACUUGGGCGUAUGGUUUUGGCUGGGGAGCCACCAUCAUUAUGAUUGGUUGCUCAAUCAUGUUCUGCUGCCUUCCUAAAUAUGAAGAUGAGCUCAGCGGCCUAGCGAAGCCCAAAUACAUCUACGAGUCUUCUUCUUAAAAGCCUUCUCCAUCUUCCUACAUACCACGCUCCAUUGCUUUGACUUAAUAUUUUUAAAGCUUCAAAAACAGGACCUCUCUCAAUCUCAAGAUAAGAUCCAAGUUUACUUAAAGAGAAUUAUGGGAAACAUAAACAGUAUUUUUGCCUUAACAAGGAUUAUUUAUACUCCACCGUGCAUUCUUCGGUAAUCCUGGCCAUAGCUAUUUUAAUGUCUUUUGAGGCGACAUUUCAGGUUUUUAACAGAUCAUCAUCUAACAAUUUAUUUUUCUCUUCUAUGCACAUACAAACCAGGGGGUCUUGAUUAAAGCACUUGGGGAGAAAAAUUUAAGUACUCAGCCGAGCAUUGGAUAAAGACCACUUAAUUAACACUGUACCAAGAUAAUGGUACAGAUAAUUACCAUUAUCUUGUCUUUGGAAUAAGUAUAUUUUCAGAGGGCCAUUUCUUAUAAUUGAAUACUAACUCUUGUAGACUUGCACAGAAUUUUUAGUAGCUAGAAUUUGUAAAAUUUGUAUUGAAAGUAUUCAAAAUUCAAGUGUGUUUUUGAAGCAUUACUCAUACUGACCAUUUAGAGAAUUCUUUCUUUAUAUACUACUGUACACUAUAAUACUGUCCUCAGAUGCUGUAUAGGUUGUGUGUGUUUGGUGUGAAAGGACUGACGAAUGUUUCUGUUGCUCAAGCAAAGUGUGUUUUUUUGUUUGUUUUUUUUUUGAGAGAAAUAUGCAUUCUAUACAUGGAUGUUGGGAAAAAGUCUUGUAUAGUCCGACACUGCAAAUGUUCAUUAGGGUUUUUAGUUUUUCAAUAGGGUUUUCACACUAAUAGUGCUGAUUUUCACAUUAGUUUGAAAUGUUUGACUUAAUUUUUUCUAGUUUUCAUUGCAAGCGAAUGCAAAAUAAAGGGAGACCAAAAUGUUUAAAUACAAA